AUGGAUAGCGUGCUAUUUGAUUUCUCUCCCUUGUUUGUAGUCUACACAGACGGCCGCGUCAACCGGAUCGCUGACUUUCCGUAUGUUCCUCCCUCGCCGGAAGAUUCAUCCGCCGCUGUCUCCUCCAAAGACGUCGCCAUCUCUCCUCAUAUCUCCGCCAGAAUCUACCUCCCAAAUCUUAAGCUCACCGCCGCAGACCAAAAACUCCCCGUCUUAGUCUGGUUCCACGGCGGUGCCUUUUGCAUCGAUUCCGCCUUCUCCUCCAUCUACCACCGCUACCUCAACAUUCUAGCCUCGGAGGCCCAAGCCGUCGCCGUCUCCGUCGAGUACCGGCUCGCGCCGGAGAACCCCAUGCCGGCCGCGUAUGAGGAUUGUUGGGAGGCUCUACAGUGGGUCGCUUCUCACGCGCACCCGGAGAAAAUCAUCCCCGGCGUAAAAUUAGAACCAUGGUUAGUUAAGCAUGGUAACUUGGAUAAGAUUGUCAUCGGCGGCGAUAGCGCCGGCGGUAAUAUAGCCCACAACACCCUGAUUAGAGCUGGGAAAAUCGGAGAAGUGAAUAUCUCGGGUGCGAUUCUAUCUUGCCCAUACUUCUGGGGCUCAUUCGAAGCUAACACUGAAUGCUUAGAAGCAAGGCUGUGGGGUUUCGUUUACCCGACAGCUCCAGAUGGAAUCGACAAUCCUCUGAUUAAUCCAUUUGUGGAAAAUGGUCCGAAGCUGUCUGGGUUGGGUUGCUCCAGGAUGUUUGUGUGUGUGGGAGAGAAAGAUGCGCUGCAUGGAGUGGGAAUUCGAUAUGUUGAGGCAGUGAAGAAAAGUGGGUGGGAAGGAGAAAUUGAGGUGAUUGAUGUUGAAGGAGAGGAUCAUGUGUUUGACAUCUUCGAUCCUUAUUCAGAGAAAGCCAAACAUCUCAUUGCCCGCAUUGCUUCUUUCAUCCAGCGUUAACGACCACUUUCCGAC